CUCAAAGCCAUCUUCCAGGAGGUGCACGUGCAGUCCCUGCUGCAGCUGGACCGUUACACAGUCUACAGCAUCAUCACCAACUUCAUGGGCUCCAGGGAGGAAGAGCUGAAGGGCCUGGGCGCUGACUUCACGUUCGGCUUCAUCCAGGUGAUGGACGGGGAGAAGGAUCCCCGCAACCUGCUGGUGGCCUUCCAGAUCGUGCGUGACCUCAUUGGCAAGAACUACGCUCUGGGUGAGCCUGCGCCUGCCGCGUUUCCUAACAGCAACCCCGUGAUUCCCUUCCAGCCCCCCAAUGAUCCCCAUGGCAUCCAGAGAGAAGACCUAAUCCUGAGCCUCCGGUCUGUUUUGGCCUCUACACCCCAGUUUGCUGAGUUCCUGCUCCCUCUGAUCAUUGAAAAGUUGGACUCAGACCUGCAAAGUGCCAAGCUUGACUCCCUGCAGACCCUGACAGCCUGCUGUGCUAUCUAUGGGCAGAAGGAGCUGCAGGAAUUCCUCCCCAGCCUCUGGUCAUCCCUGCGCAGGGAGGUGUUCCAGACAGCGAGCGAGAGGGUGGAGGCCGAGUGCCUGGCCGCGCUGCACGCUCUCUCUGCCUGCCUCUCCCGCUCCGUGCUCAGCUCCGACGCCGAGGACCUCCUUGACUCGUUCCUCAGCAGUGUCCUGCAAGAUUGCAGGCACCAUCUGUGCGAGCCCGACAUGAAGCUGGUGUGGCCGAGUGCCAAGCUCCUGCAGGCAGCAGCGGGCGCCCCCCCCCCCUGCCACUGCGUCACGCGCAGCGUGGUGCCCCUGCUGCUGGAGCAGCACACCAAGCACCCGCAGAGCAGCCAGAGGAGGACAAUCCUGGAAAUGCUGCUCGGCUUCCUGGAGUUGCAUCAGAAGUGGGGACAUGUGGAGGAAGAGGAGAGCGUCCUGCUGCCGCUGCGAGCCCCGCUCUGCUCCGUGGUGUUCUCGGCAAUGACGGACCCCAGCGUGCAGCUGCAGCUGGUGGGGAUCAGGGUGAUGACGGUCCUGGGCUCUCUGCAAGGCUUCCUGUCUCCUUCUGACCUGGAGCUGGUUGUGGAUCACCUCCUGCGGCUCAUUCUGCAUGAGGAGGAUUCCCAGAGCAGUGAGGCAGCAAUGGAGGCAGCUGGAUCCCUGGCCCCCAUCCAUCCACAGAGUUUCUCGGGACGCAUGAUUCCGAGACUUGGAGAGGAGCUGCAGUCAGAGCGGGAGGAGGAGGAUGGCUCCCGAGCGCCGCGCCGCCUGCGGCAGCGCUGCCUGCAGGCCCUGUCAGCUGCAUCCACACACCCCAGCAUCGUGCGGGAGACCGUCCCUGUUCUGCUGCGGCACCUCCGGCAGCUGCAGAGAGGGAGUGAGGCUGGGAGCGCCCAGGACGUGGUCUCUGUGUGCCAGAGCCUCCAGCGCGUGGCCCUGCAGUGCCAGCAGGAUGCAGAGAGCUGCUGGUACUACCACCAAGCGGUGGUGCCCGAGGAGGAGCUGGCUGCCAUGGUGCCCGUCAUCAGCGCCGCCUGCACUCAUCUGAGCCCCGAGCUGGCUGCCCAGAGCGUGUCCCAUGUGGUGUCCCUCUUCCUGGAUGGAGAAGUCUCCUUCCUGCCCCAGAACAGUUUUCCUUGUUCCUUCCAGCCCUUUGGGGGUGGGGAGCGCUUGGAAGCCCAGAGCCGCCUUGUCGCUCUCCUCAUGGCCUUCGUCUGCUCACGCUGGGGCACUGUGCUGAUCCCUCAGCAGGAGAGGCUGCUCCGGGAGCUGCUAGCGCUGAGCUGCUCCAGCAACUGCCCCUUCACGGCCACCACAGCCGCCAAGUGCUUUGCAGGGCUGGUGAACAAGCAUGCGGAGGGGCAGCAGCUGGAUGAGAUCCUGCAGCUGGCAGUGAACAGGAUGGAGCCGGUGCUCGCAGAGGGGCCGCAGCGGAUGCAGGCGCUCACGCUGCUGCUCUGGGUGACCAAAGCCCUCGUGCUGCGCUACCACCCGCUGAGCACCCGCCUGACGGACAAGGUAGGCCCUCUUUUUCCGGCCGCGGAGCUGGGCACCCCGGCGGCCGACGGCUUCGCGCUGCUCAUGGCCGACGCGCCGGAUGUGCUGCACAAGGGCUGCCACGCCGCCGUGCGCAUCAUGUUCCGCCAGCGCUUCUUCACUGACAACGUGCCCAAGCUGGUGCAGGGAUUCCACGGGGCUGGCCCCGACGUGAAGGCCAAUUACCUGAAGGGUCUGUCCCACGUGCUCAACCACCUCCCCAGACCUGUGCUGGUGACGGAGCUGCCCAGGCUCCUCUCCCUGCUGCUUGAGGCCCUGUCCUGCCCGGACCGCGUGGUGCAGCUCUCCACGCUGAGCUGCCUCCAGCCGCUGCUGCUCGAAGCCCCGCAGAUCAUGAGCAUGCACAUCGACACGCUGGUCACCAAGGUCCUCGGCCUUACCUCCAGCCCCACAAUGGCUGUCCGCAUCGCUGCCCUACGCUGUGCCCAUGCGCUCACCUACCUGCCCCUCACUGUGCUGCUCCCGUACAAGCCACGGGUCAUCCGGGCGCUGGCCAAACCCUUGGAUGACAAGAAGAGGCUGGUGCGGAAGGAGGCAGUGGCAGCGCGGGGCGAGUGGUUCCUGCUGGGAAGCCCGGGCAGGUGAACACCCUG